CUCCAAGCUGAAUUUUUUUUUUACUAUGAAUAACCCACACUGUCUUAGCAGUCCUGGACUUGCGUAGAUUUACAUGUAGGUGCUAUGGUAACAAAAGGGUUGAGAAGAAGGAUGGAUCAGAAUCAUUGCGACUAUUGAUGGAAGUAAACUGUAUUCGUGAGCGGUACCAUACUUUACUAUCCGUACUUACCUUUUACUAUCUAUCUACUUACCCAUCCAAUCUGGCUCAGCUCCGGGCUCCGAACCUUUUUGAGGCUGCAUGCACGUCCAACAGCAGCUUGCAGGAACAGGUUGGGUACGCAGUAGAGUUUUCGAUCCUCGUCCUGGCCCCCGAGUUGGGCAAUGCGAAGCGUCUGUGGGAACGGUUGCGCUGACUCGUCCGAGGGGCGCAGUGGAGGGGAACAUUCUCCCGUGUUAUUAUUAGUAGUGACAAGAUGGGAGUUAUCUAUUUCGUACAGGAGGAGGACUGGGAUCUUGGCAGGACCCUGAUAUUAGUUCCUAUUUGGUUGCCGUAUGGGGUAAUUGUGAAACAUUGUGAGUAAAGCCGCGCGCAAACUUGACUUGGCAUAGGGAAAUGGUUAGUCAGGCUGAGGCUGGUAAAAGAGGUGUCAAGUAGUGUCAGGUAGUGUCAACUACUUAGUAGAAAGCGCUUCAGUGCUC